AUGGUCAGCGCCCCUCCUAUCCCCACGAAUAAAACCCAAUCGAAGAAGAAACAAAAGGAACAACAGCCGGAAAUUCGGCCCGACUCCACUCAGAAAGAGAAGAAAAGGAAAAAGAAACAACACGAGGAUGCCAAUACGUGUGAGGCGAAAGCAGCCGAACCGGGGCGCAAGGAUGAAACCUCGAACCUCAAGGACAACAUACGAAUCGCAGAUGUACCAAUCCCUUAUACCAAUCCGUUGACAGACGAAUCCUGCCUUGCGUAUGCCUACCAAUACGCCCAGCAUGUUUCGCUGUCUUCUGAAUCUGAACGGGCUGCGAAGCAGCCUUGGAAAUUUAACAAAGCCCGCCAGAACUGGAUCUUACGCAACGUAAUAGAACCCGCGACUAUCCCAGACUCAUACCUCCCUAUAUCUCUUAUAUAUGUUCAGAACAUUCAAGGAGGAGCGCGCAAUGAAUUAAAAAAGACUUGUAAAGUAAUAAAGAAGCAAGCCAAAAAUUCCAAGGCCUCCCCAUCAAGUGAUUCAAACGGGUCUAAACCUGAAGCAGACCAACCUUCAGAAGCAAAAAGUGAAUCAACUAAAAAGGUAACUUUUGCGGCCGGGACCACGGAGCCUAAAGUUACAGAAUCAGAAAUCUCUGCGCCAAGUAAGGUAAAAGUUAAACGGGCCAAAAUUAUUCUAAAGGUUUUGAAGGGCGAAAUUCGGCCUCAGGACGUGUAA